AAUUAUCGCUAUUAUCUGAAAUCAGAAAAGUAUUAGAUGUCUUGAAAAUCUUGCGAUUAUUGUUUAUUUUCUGUUAUUUUUGUUAAUUAUGAAUGAGCGCAUUACUGUUCAACUAUGGAUAAUCAAAUUUUGCCUAAAAGUGAUCUACCCAAAGUACAAUUACUACACAUUCCUCGUGUUUUUGGCAGUAAAGUUUAGGCUCUCUUAUCAAAGAAAAGUCUUAGCUAAAAAAGACAUAGAUAUGUUUCAGUUGAGGACCAUUCCUGCACACGUUCGGUGGCACCUUUUGAAGGAAUGUUCAGAAGAGAAUUUACCUGUGUUACAACAUAAAUGUGUGUUUAUAUCAAAGGAAGAUUUUUUACAAAUCAGUGCUGAAAAUCUGUUCUAUAUCGACAAUGGUGUCCUAUGGCUUGCACUGAAAUUAACCCCUGAUAUUAAAUCGAAAUACAAAGGCAAACAAAACAAUAUUGACAAAGAUAAUGUAUUGAUUAAAUACAAUUUAAACUUCCUAACUUCUGAACUACAUAAGAAGUUAUGGAUGGAUAAUAGAUCAGCCAGCCUUGAACAUAUUAGAAUAGUUCCUGUUGUAGGCUCAACAUUAGUACAAAAAGAUAUUGCCUUGACUUCAGAAAAUGAAAUGUAUAAUAUUCUGUCUUCAUUUGGAUUACAACACUGUAGAGAUAUUAGCAUUUCGUUUCAUACUAUACCUUCAUUGGACCAUGCACCUAGUAUUGCAGAGACUGCAGAAGUCAGUCUUGUUGUAAAUGACUAUGAUCUGUCCAAUGACUUUGUCAAAGAAAUUUUGAGCAAGCAUUUUGAAUUACCUAAAUUAAUGAGUUUAAAUGACAUAUUCAGCAUUGAGCUCACACCGGAGGUUACAUCCAAAUAUCACUACAAGUACCUUGAUCUGGUACAAGCUGUGGGAAAACUUUACUUCAAAUGUAAUAAAAUAGAUGGCAGGAAGGACUUAGAAGAGUUAGAAGUUAGAUAUAAUUCAAAAGUGAUUCAGACUUUUUUCAUUGUCAAGGGAGUUACACAUUUAAUUUUGGGUGAAAACAUCCAUGCUUUAAAACCAAAAGAUGAGUUCUUCAAAUCCCAGGCAACUGGUAAUAAUAACUUGCAAAUGUUACAGUCUUGUCCUACUGGGUUAAGGCAAAAGUUUGAGCAAAUUCAAGAUGCUAUUAGUCCAUUUGUAGCAGGAGAGAUAAGUGACCUGUCUCCUUCUUUGUCAAGUCCAAUUUUGCCAAUGCUGCUAGUGUCAGGGCCUACUGGGUCAGGCAGACACCAACUUGUUAAAGCAUUGGCCCGAUAUAAUGGUUUGAACUGCUUACCAAUUGACUGCAACAGCCUGCAGAGCUCCACGGCCAAGCAGACAGAGAGCAAGAUCAACUCCACUAUGCAGAAAGCAAAGGCAGCUGCUCCUUGCUUAGUGCUCUUAGAUAAUUUUGAGGUGUUUGCAGUAGAUCCUGAACAUAAUGAAGACUGCAGAGUGAUGGAAUAUUUCAUGAACACAAUAAUAGACCUCUACCAAAACUACACUAAGCACCCCAUCAUUUUCAUAGCAGUCACAGAAAAAGUGGAAUUAAAACCAAACAUACUUAGGAUAUUCUUAGAAAAGUUCCAACUUUCUAGAUUAAAUGUCCAGCAAAGAUAUGAAAUGCUUGUAUGGUAUACUUCUGCUAUGCAAUUAAAUAUUGAUGGACACCAAAAUGUAACAGAUAGUAUAAUUUUCGAUGAUGAAGGCGCACUCAGCAAACAUACAAAAGACAUUUUACAAAGAGUUGCAGCAAAGACUGCAACAUUUUUAUGUGGUGAUAUUGACACACUGUUGCAUUUUGCAAUGCGAGAAUCUUAUUUGAAGCAGCAUAACAGUUACAUACAUUUGCCUUGUGAGGAUCCAGAUUUACAUCUACUUCAGGAAGAUGAUUUUAACUGUGCUUUAGAAUCAAUUAGAAGUCUUCAGAGUCAACAUCUAGAUGCUCCUAAAAUACCAAAGGUGCACUGGGAAGAUAUUGGUGGACUGGAUAAAUUGAAGACGGAACUUUUAAAAACCAUUGAGUUCCCAAUCAAAUAUCCACACUUAUUUAAGAACUCUAGUCUUAAACGUUCAGGUAUUUUACUAUAUGGGCCCCCGGGUUGCGGCAAAACACUGGUCGCCAAGGCGGUGAGCACGGAACUCAACGUUAGCUUUCUCAGCGUGAAAGGGCCAGAGCUACUAAAUAUGUAUAUUGGCCAGUCUGAAGAGAAUGUUAGAAAAGUAUUCGAGUCGGCACGCGCGUCUUCCCCUUGCAUCGUGUUCCUGGACGAGCUGGACGCGCUGGCCCCGCGGCGCGGCGCGGCCGGCGACUCGGGCGGCGCCAGCGACCGCGUCGUCAGCCAGCUGCUCGCCGAGCUGGACGGCGUCACGCAGGCUGAAGACGCCGACGCGACCAGCCUUGUGUUUAUAAUGGGCGCCACAAACCGGCCAGACCUCCUGGAGCAGUCGCUACUGAGACCCGGACGACUUGACAAACUAGUAUAUGUGGGCCCGUACCGCGGCGUUGAGGAGAAGACCAGAGUCCUCAAGGCGCUGUGCCGAAGUUACAAGCUGCGGCCGGAGGUGCAGCUGCCGGCCGUGGCGGCGGCGCUGCCCGAGGGCUGCACGGGCGCCGACCUGCUCAGCGUGGUGUCCACCGCGCGCUCCGCGGCCGUGCGCGGUCUGGUGCAGAAGCUGCACGCAGGUUUAGUGAAAGAAAGCGAACUGAGUCCAGACUCAGUGGUCUUGGGAGUAUCGGAGUUAUGGCAAGGCGUGGAGGCGUUCCGGCCCUCGGUCACCGAUGAAGAACUAGAAUACUACGAGUCUUUGCAAUCCCAAAUGUGAUUAUAGACUUUAAACGUUCCUAUAUAUACGUAUGUUAACAUUGGGUAUCUAUUAUGUUAUAAUAUGAUAAGCAGAAUUAGUUCAGUCAUGCAGCUGAGAAUCAAAUAGAUAAUUUGACUGGCUUACAACUUUUACAAGUAUCUUUUUUUUUUUUUUUUUUUUUAUACCACGUCGGUGGCAAUCAAGCAUACGGCCCGCCUGAUGGUAAGCAGUUACCGUAGCCUAUGAACGCCUGCAACACCAGAGAUAUUACACGCGCGUUGCCGACCCUUUAAAAACCUGUACACUCCUUUUUUGAAGAACCCCAUACUGUAGCCCCUCGGGAAAACCUCGGCAGGGAGCUCAUUCCACAGCCGAAGCGUACGCGGGAGGAAAUUCCUCUUAAACCGCACAGUACGCGACCAUUUAGGUGCUAGGGUGUGAGGAUGAACACCCUGCCGAUGGCGAGCGGUGCGGUGAUAGAAAGCGGCCGUUGGCAUCAUGUCAAACAAUUCUUCAGAGCACAGCCCAUUGUACAAGCGGUAGAACACACACAAGGAGGCGAAGUCUCUCCUUAGACUUAAAGGUUCGAUACCGCUUGUGAGUUUGGGAUCGUCGACGAUUCGUACAGCGCGCCUUUGGACUGAGUCGAAGGGUCCAAGCUGGCAUCCAGGUGCUCCUGCCUAAAGGUGACAGCAGUACUCCAUAUGGGGUCUGACUUGCGAUUUAUAUAGCAGCAGUCUUUGCCCCGGAGUAAAGUAUCGCCGUGCUUUAUUGAGCACACCGAGUUUUUUCGCAGAUCAGCAAAAAUUGAUCUUUAUGUCAAUGUCAUAAAGACUGCCAUUUAAAACCAUUUCUCACUUCAACUGUAGGUUCAUUAAUUUCGAUUUACACUCUGUAUAGGUAUAUGGAUAUUGAAGGUUUAAGGAACUUUUAUGGAUACUGAAGGAAGAUUUUGCUUUUAUCAUUUUAUUAAUGACAUAAGAGUAAUUAUUGUUGCGUUGUUACGAUAUUUUAUAUCAAUAU